AUGAGUGCUACGGUUGAUAAAAGUACUCAUUCAAAAUAUAUGGACAAAGACAAAGAAAAGGGGAGGGUGAGGUCUUUUAAUGACGUGCUGCGAUCUUCUCCACUCUCUAUACCUGCUAGAGUUCUUCGCCCUUCUGAGUUUAUUUGCAAUGGGCUUAUUCUGGAACAAGUUAGUGGCCCAUAUAGAAAUUUAACUCGGUCAAAUUCUGAUCCAGCCCAAUUUCCAUCGAUUAUUAAAACGAAAAACCACGGUGUACUUCCCACCGGGGUUGUUAAUCGACAGGUGAACUCUAAAAUCAAUCUUGAAGAUAUUUCUAUCUCUUCUGCUUCCACUGAUUCUAUUAGUUCGCCAAGAGAAGAAAACUUUUUCAGCGAGAGUUCUGCCGAAAUUCAAUCUCAUGGGGGUUAUUCUUCUGAUUCGUCUUCCAAGGCAGCAGCUGUUUCUGGCGGUGCUGAUGAUUCCUUUGUUGAAGAAUCUCAAUUAAGGUGUGAAAAUUUUGAGUCUCUAGAUGACAUCAGUGAAUUCCACUCCAACUCAAAUCCAAUUGAUAGGGUCAGAGAUGAAAUCGUGGUAUCGGGCUCAAUUUCAUCAGCUCUGGGGAAUCAAGGUAUUUCUCAAAACUAUCCUCCAAUUAGCACUCCUCCCUCGGAGUUUUUUGCUCAAGCUUUGGUGGAUAAGGAGAAAGAAAUAGUGGUCAUACAAUACAUGAAAGAUAGGUUUUUGCCUGCAAUUGAGUUGAUUAAGGCCGUGAACGAUAUUUCUGGUAUCGGUAAUAAGGGUGAUAUCGAUGAUAUUGUUAGAAUGCUGAUAAGGUCUGCAGUGAAGAAUCCAUCUGCGUUCAAUUUUGAAUGCAGGGAGAUUUGGGGGCCUGGUCUAGUUGAAUGGAUUGCUCUAGACUCUAUUGGUAGGUCAGGGGGUAUUUUAGUUUUAUGGAACCCUAAUAUUGUUAGUAUGGUUGAUCAUAUUGUGGGUACAUUUUCUAUUAAUAUUGGUUUCAGGAAUUGUAUUGACAAUUUCCAUUGGCUUUUCUCUGGUGUUUAUGGUCCUUGUGGUACAAUGGAAAGGCAAAGGUUGUGGAAGGAAUUGUCCAUUAUGAAUGACAUAUGGUCUUUACCCUGGUGUAUUUGUGGAGAUUUCAAUGAGGUCAGACUAAUGCACGAGAGGCAAGGUUGCUCGAGGACUUCAAGGGGUAUGCAGGAUUUUGGGCAUUUCUUCGACAUUCAUGACCUUAUUGAUAUACGUAUUCAAGGUUCCCGCUAUACUUGGAUUGGUAGCUCUUCUUCUUUUACUAGUAGCAAGCUGGAUAGAUUCGUUAUAAAUGGAGGAUGGGAGGAUCAUUUCCCAUGUAUCUCUGUCAAGGCUAUGGCUAGGCCUAUGUCUGACCACAAACCAAUCUUAUUGAGUUGCAAUAUCGAAGACUGGGGUCCUCCACCUUGGAGAUUCGAAGGUAUGUGGCUGUUUGAAAACUCUCUUUUGGAUCUUAUGGCUGAAUGGUGGAACUCUUUUGUAGUCAGCGGUUUUCCGGGAUUUCAAUUGGCUAAAAAAUUCCAGUUGUUAAAGGCCAAGAUAAGGGUCUGGAAUAAAGAAGUCUUCGGAAAUAUUGAUAGAAAAUUUGAACGGACUCUCGAUCAGAUUAAACUUCUAGAUCAGUUGGCCGAUGAGGGUUCUAUCUCUAUGGAUCAACUUGAUACUAGGAACCACCUAAAGCUCAAGUUUGAGGACAUUGCAGAUAUGCAAGAGAUGCACUACAGGGCUAAAUCUAGAAUCCAGUGGCAGAUGGAGGGUGAUCGGAACACCAAAUAUUAUCACAGAAUUGCUAAGUCUCGAAGGAGGAGGAAUACUUUCUCCAAGCUGCGUAUUGAGGGUUCUUGGGUGGAAGAUAAAAACACUAUAGUAUUGUCUCUCAUUUUCAAGAGAGAUUUAAAUUGAAGGAUGAUUUUCAAGUCUCUCUUUCUAAUCUCGGUCUUAAUUCAAUUUCUGAAGAGGAAAGUGUGAAUUCUCGAGAAAAGAAUUGAAGAAGAGGAAGUUUUGCUUGCUCUUAAAAGACUGGGGCAAGAUAGAGCUCCAGGGCCUGAUGGGUUCCAAGUCAAUGUUAUUGUGAAGUGCUGGAGUUUUAUGAAGAAUGAUAUCAUGGAAGUGGUUAGGAAAUUCGAAAGCUCGGGUUUUAUCGACUGGAGGCUUAAGUCCACUUUUAUCUCUCUGCUUCCAAAGAAAUCUGUGGUGGAAGAGAUAAAGGACCUUAGGCCAAUCAGCCUUUCCAAUACGGUCUUCAAAGCUAUAUCAAAAGUUCUCGCUGAAAGGUUGAAGUUGCUGUUGCCAAAGCUCGUCUCCAAUUCUCAAACAGCCUUUAUUAAAGGUCGUCAAAUCUUGGACAGCAUAUUAAUAGCUAAUGAAUGUCUAGACUCCAGGUUGAAAUCUAAAAAGCCGGGGCUGAUUUGUAAAAUCGACCUUGAAAAGGCUUUCGACAAUGUUAAAUGGUCCUUUGUCGACGAAGUUCUUCAGCAAAUGGGUUUCGGACAAAUUUGGAGAAUGUGGAUUAAAGGUUGUAUUGAAAAAAUACCCUUUUCUAUUCUAGUAAAUGGAAGCUCUUGCGGGAAAUUUCUCAGCGAGAAGGGUCUUCGUCAAGGCGAUCCUCUUUCUCCGUUUCUUUUCUUGCUCGUCUCUGAAGUCUUAAACAUUAUGUUCUCUAAAGCUUCAUGUGCUGGUAAAGUAGGUGGUUUCAGUGUUAAGAAUGGAGGCACCACCAUUAGUCAUCUGCAAUUUGCAGAUGACACUUUGGUUUUUCUUGACGCGGACCUGGAGCAAGUUAGAUUUUUAAAGUAUAUUCUCUUAUCGUUCUAGUUCGCCUCAGGUUUAAGCACAAAUUUCAGUAAGUGCAGUCUCUUUGCAGUCGGUGAAGUGAAUAAUCUCAACACUUUGGCAGCUGUCUUUGGGUGUUCUUGUGAAGCUUUUCCUUCCAUUUAUCUCGGUUUACCUCUUGGUGAGCAAAGUCUUUCGAAAUCUAAAUGGGAUAGAGUAAUUGAAACUUGCAAAGCUAGAUUAGCCUCCUGGAAGAGAAGCUCUUUAACAAAGGCAGGUAAACUUACUCUAAUUAAAAGUGUGCUUCUAAGUUUGCCUGUUUAUUAUUUCUCUCUUUUCAUGGUUCCGAAAUCAGUUGUUAAUAAAAUUGAGAAAACAAUUAGAGACUUCUUAUGGCAUAAUUCUGAAGACAAGAGAAAAACCCAUUGGGUAGGCUGGUCCAAAGUCCGUAAACCUCUUGAUCAUGGUGGGUUAGGUAUUCGGAAACUAAAUAGUAUGAAUAAGGUGUUACUUAUGAAGUGGUGGUGGCGUCUUGGAAAGGAAAGAAAUUCUUUGUGGGCUAAAAUUACUUUUGAAAAGUAUGGAUGCUCUGAUCUUGGUUGGAGGACUAAGAAACCAACAAGUUCUCAUGGUGUAAGCUUGUGAAGGAACAUUUAUAAGGUUGCAGAGGACUUCUUCAAGUUUACUCAAUUCAAAAUAGGAAGGGGUGAUAAAAAUCGCUUUUGGGAAGAUAAAUAGUGCGCACAAGGUCCGUUUGCUGAAACUUUUCCAAGGUUGUAUGAGAUAUCUAAUAGCAAACAUUGCUCCCUGCUCCAACUUUAUGUUCCUGAUGAUUCUGGAUGUUAUUGGAACUUCGGUACCCGCAGACGUUUAUACGAUGCUGAGAUUGCUGAAUUUACUGUUUUGACUCCAAUUCUUAACAGUAUAGUCUUUUCUCUCGAUGAAGAUGACGAGCUUGUUUGGGUUGGUGAAUUUUCAGGAGCUUUCUCAGUUAAGUCUGCCUAUCAGCUAGACACCUUAACUACCAGCAAUCCUUCUUUUCCUAGAAAGAAAAUUUGGUCCAAUGCUUGGCCUCAUAAAAUUGGAUUUUUCCUUUGGCAACUUGUUCUUGAUAGUCUUCCUACCAUUGACAAUCUGCAGCAUAGAAAUUGCGCUUUGUCUGUUUUUGGAGGCUCGUCGGCAACAAAUUUAUGUUCUCUGUGCAAUAAUGUGUUGGAAUCUGGUACUCACCUCUUCUGGAAUUGUCGGUUCACUCAUUAAGUUUGGGAUUACUUUUUCGCUCAAGCAAAUGUGCAGUUUCCUACUUUCUCAUCCCUGUUAAAUUUGUUUAAGAACUGGUCAUCUGUGGCCACUCAAAAUAAUGGGAAGGAGAUAUGGAAGAGGAUCCCUGCCAGCGUUUGUUGGAACGUUUGGAACGAGAGAAAUGCCCGCACUUUUAAUGGCAAGAAACGCACUGUGAAGGCUAUCAUUGCUGAUUCUAAAAUCAGCGCUUUUCAUUGGGCUGCUAAGAAUUUAACCUGUACAAAUAUUUUGCAUCAUGAUGUGAUUUCUAACCGGAAAGGUCUGUUCUUUGACCCUCCCUAGUCUUUCCUUGGGUUUUGGUUUUCUUUGUUGUGUUUCCUUUUCCCCUGCUUGGUGGCUUCUACUUUGCAGAGUUUGUAAAUUGUCUUUUUCUUAAUAUAAUUCUAUUUACCGACCAAAAAAAAAAAUUUAUGAUUCGUUCUUGCA